GCCUGUCCCGGGCUGGAUCCGUGGGAAUCAUCCCUGGGGUUGUUGUGUCCCUGCAGACGGUGCGGGAGGAGGAGCGGGAGAUCUACAGGCAGCUGCUCCAGAUGGUCACUGGGAAGCAAUUCUGUGCCUCCAAACCCUCCUCGCUCUUCCCCUUCCACCUGUCCAGGUGUCCCAAUUCCAGCCAGGCCCUGGUGAAGGAGACGCCCAGCGAGGACUCGAAGCCCUUUGAAGCCCCCCGAGCUGCCCCAGCCCCUUCCCCCCCCCCCCCCAACCCCCCCCCCCUCCGAGGGCAUUCCCUGCCCAAACCCCUCUCCUGCUUUGCCCCCACUUACCCCUCUUCCAGCAUCUUCCAGUCCAGGAAUUCCAGGGCCCAGCAGCGGGAUGAGCCUCCACCAGCAUCCACCACGCAGCCCGAAGGCUCCGACUCCGUCAUUUUGCUCAAGGUGAAGGAUCCCAGAACUCCAGCCCCGAGCCCCCCUUUCUUCCAGGCAGAGCUGUGGAUCAAAGAGCUGACCAGCGUCUACGACUCCCGAGCUCGGGAGAGGUUGAGGCAAAUUGAGGAGAAAAAAGCUUUGGCUUUGCAGCUGCAGAACCAGGUGAGGAGGAGGAGGGGGGGGAAUGCCAGAGCGAAAAUUUG